AUGGUAGCCUUUACCCCUCGGCACUAUGAGCCGGAUGAGAACCCCGCGAUCCACGAUGUCAACGGGAACAUCUGGACACCGGUCGUCGAACAUGUGUGUUCCUUCAACCCGGACGCAUUCUUCACGGUGAUGAGCCGGUUUGUGCUAAACCCCAACUAUAACUCGUCCUGGUUGUUUCGUGCCGACAUUCUCUCGGAAGAGGUCGGCCGCAUACCCCAGAUAUCCUCCGGCGGACAGGACCUCGUCUUUGGAUCUACUUUUGAGGGCUUUCGGCUGGAGAAAGGCCUCAUCAGGAGGCUGAUCCCGAGGAAUCCUAAUCGCGAUGACCCGUUGGAGCAAACAUGCUUGUUUUUCAAGGCGGACCAUGCAGAUGGCCGAGUCCGAUCCAUGGUGGUUUAUUUUCCUCACAUCUCGUUGCCAGAAGAGGCCCCCUUUUACCAUCCCCAGGUUCGGGGCGUCGCCCACCUCCAUGAAUGGGAUGAUUCGGCGUCAAGUGGUGUAGUCUCCGUCCAUCUUUGGCACUUUGACAACGAUGAGUUGCGCGCCAGCAACAAGGUACAACGUACCGCUCUCAUGCUCCUCCAGCACUUACACAAGCACGGGCAAGGAACCGUGACGGGCUACGUGAAGCGCGUGCCGAAUCCGGACAGCAUCAUAUCUCGGGAACGGCUACAGGAUAGGCAUACGCAACUCCGGACGAAAUAUGCCAAGGAUCUCAUCAAUACGUGGGCUGAGCAAACGGAUCCUUCUAAACAUGUGUUUGAGGAUAUUGGCAUUGCUGCCUUCCUUAUAGAGCUAUGGGAAGACAUGUAUAAGGAAAAGGAGUUUCCCGACUUCGUCGAUAUUGGAUGCGGCAAUGGCUUGCUCGUAUAUAUUCUCCGAAAAGAAGGCUAUUCCGGCUGGGGCUUUGAUGCUCGCAGCAGGAAGUCUUGGGCACAGUAUAAUCUCCCUACUGACUCUGCUGGCGCGCCGUCGACAGGUGGUGCUAAGGAUUCGCUACAGGCUCGUGUCCUUCUACCGAAAUUUGCGAUGCCCCAUGCUGGUGACGAAGGGGCCGAGGAUGGCAAAUUCACCGACCCCGGAGCUCUGCACGACGGCGUCUUUCCCCGAGGCACUUUUAUCGUUUCCAAUCAUGCCGAUGAGCUGACCCCGUGGACACCCAUCCUGGCGGCCCAUUCCGACUGCCCUUUCAUCAUGAUACCCUGCUGUAGUCACAAUCUCAGCGGUGCCAAGUUUCGCGCGCCGCCUCCAAAGGGUGCCGCAAACGGCACGUCGGCAUAUGCAAGCCUCGUGGCGUGGGCAUCCAAGCUGGCGGAGGAAUGCUUGUAUGAAGUAGAAUCCGUGGUGCUCCGCAUCCCAAGCACACGAAACACGGCAAUCCUGGGAAGGAAACGCACCGGCGAGACGGACCUCGAGCCCAUCAUCUCCAAGUACGGCGGUACAGCAGGAUACUAUGAGAACGUAUCCAAGUUGCUGAAGACGGGCCCCAGAGGUCAUUGA